ACUUUUCAGCUUCACUUUUGUAAGAAUUUCAAUAUAAGUUUUCUUUACAUUAAAAACAAUGACUUGAGUGGCUUUCUAUGUCAAAAUAAUUUAAAAGUUUUGAAAUUGAAAUUUUCAUUGGAUGCUUUUCUCCUUAAUUUUUUUAUGACUCUAGAAAUAAGUGCAUAGUUGGGUGGGUGGGCCGACCAAAAGCAUGCUUUGUCUGAAAACCAGCUACAUGAUUGAUUGAAGAUAUCAAGAUAUACUGCUACUUUAGAUGUAAAGAAAAUCUGGCUAUAAUUAAUAUUAAUCUUAAUUUAUUUUUUUAAUAUGGAUGGCGAUGAUGUUAAAUCAUCCGAUGUUGGUGGUGGUGGUGGUGGUGGUUCUGCUAUGGGUCGGAUAGCAGAUAAGAUGAGGAAUAAUUUAUGUUUAGAACCACCGACACGGCCUUUUUCCGGCGAGUCCAGAUACCUUACCUCUCUUUGGGUUGCUGAGUGCGGAGGAGAACCACCAGAUGAACCAGCCUCUCCAUCUGUUGACUCUUCUCUUUCCUCAAUCUCCAGUCUUGAGCGGAGAGCCAACAGUGAUCAACAAAAAUUACAAGAUAAGAUAAAAUCUGCACUAAAACGAUUAGCUUUCCGCGAACAACGUGUUCUUGUUCAGUUUUGGUAUCCUCAAGCCGUUGGGAAACACCGGUUACUUACAACCAUGGACCAACCUUUUGGUCUAGGGGUAAAAGAUGACCAAGGGCUUCUUUUGUAUAGGAAGCACUCGGAGCGUAACCCUUUUCUUGUGGAUAAAGAUCAUCAAGAAGAAGACCGUAGUCCUCUUGCCCGUGUAUUUAGGCGAGGAUUGCCAGAAUGGACUUCUGAUUUACUAAAUUACAAUCCCAGACAAUUUCCACUACAAGAUUGUGCUAUUAGUUGCAAUCUCCAUGGGUAUUUGGCUUUACCUGUCUUUGACUUUGCUACUAGGUUGUGUGUUGGUGUCCUUGAACUGUUGAUGUCUUCGAAUUAUACGAGUGUUGCUUACGAGGUUCAACAUUUCCACAGGGUGCUCAAGAACUUGGAUCUAAGAACCCCCCAAGCAUUUGAUUAUCCUACUUUCAAUGUUCACAAUCAACACAAACAAAAUGAGUUGGAAAAUAUAUUAAGUAUUCUGAAAGAUGUGUGUUACAUCCACAAACUACCUUUUGGUCAGACAUGGGUUUUGUCCCCAAUGAAUAGUUUUGUUUCCCAUGACAAAGUUCUAAUGAAGAGUUGUAAUAGCUUUGACACUACAUGUCGUGGGAAAGUUUGUAUGUCAACGGUUGCUCUACCGUUUCAUAUCCAAGACUUGGGCACGUGGCCUUUUUGGAAAGCAUGUAGAAAACAACAUCUGGACAAGUCACAAGGCGUUGUUGGGAGAGCUCUAUCAUAUAGAGGCACAUCAUUUUGUGGAGAUGUAACCAAACUUAGUGAAGAAGUGUACCCGUUGGUCCACAAUGCACGCAUGACUGGGUUAACGUGUUGCUUUGCUACAUAUUUGCAUAAUGUUGUAGGCAAUAAUGAGUAUGUGCUAGAGUUUUUUCUUCCAUUAGAUAUGCGUGAUGGUAUAUUACUACCAAAUGUGGUGCAAACAUUGAAACAGAAAGUAGAGGUAACUUCUACAUUUGAACUGGGUGACACAUCAUCUAUACAGGUAGUUGGAGCUAGGGAAGGCAGUAGCCUAUCUUUAGAUAUCGACCCCCCGAUAUUCUCAACAGCAACUACAAACAGCAGGAUAUUGGAGAUGGUUUCAUCAGAUUCAGAGUCGAUGGCAGCUAAUGUUACCAAUACCAAGUCUGCAAAUUCCCCUAACCAAUGGUCACCCAAACAAAAAUAUCCAAAUAAAUUUGGCGCUAUCAUCACUAAUUCCAAAAAUCUGGUUCGCGAUGAGGUUGUAAAAGACAACGUUGAUGUACUCGGUGCAAGUAAAAACAGUAAAUUUACCUACCCCCCUGUCAGCAUGAAGAAAUCGAGUGAAGCCAUCACUGAUGCAGUAGAAAAAAACAACCGUCUAAAACAGGGCAGAAAACGUAAAAUCACUCUUACAAUGGAGUCAGUUGGGGAACGUACAGGAAAAACAAUAGAUCAAGCUGCCAAGAGCCUUGAAGUUAGUGAGUCUAGUCAAGGGCAUGAUAUGCCCAGAAGGCCAUUCCCAAAGUACAACAAAAUAGAUGAUCAUGGUACCAGUUCAACGACGUUACAAAAAUCAUGGUCAAGGCCUUCAAAAGUACGUUUUAGUAUAUCUGUUCUUGUAUUCUUGCUGGUAAGGGUUAAGCGAUGGAGUUGUUCUAGGAAACGACACGGUUUUUCUGGCAAGUGGUGGAGUUGUGGCAAGCAUCGUCAUCUUCCUUGUAAAUCAGAUUCUAUAUACCAAGCAGCAUGCCUAAUGAUGCAGUUGAAACGGUGGAGAAAUAAGACAAUCGGGCAUGUAAUAAAGAACAGAGAUCACCCUGAUGUGUAUGGGAGCACAUUAGAACCCGAAUAUACAACACAAAUUGUAAACACAUAUUUACAUGGCGAGACUAGUCUUGCUCAUGCAUCACCGAAAAAGACUAACAUCUCAGAUUCAAGAAUGGUGACUGUGAAGGCAACCUUUAGAGAUGAUAUGAUAAAGUUUCAGUUCUGGACUUCAUCUAGCUUAUUGGAACUGGAAAACGAGGUGGCACGAAGAUUUAAGUUUAAGAGUAGAAUGUUCCGCCUAAAAUAUAAGGAUGAAGAUAAUGACCUGAUACUUCUUGCUUGUGAUGCCGACUUGCACACUCUUCUUGGAUAUUCUGCUAGCAACAGUACUAUCAAAUUAAUCGUCUUGACCAACGAUUAAUAACUGUUGCUACGUCCAGAGUAGUAAAACAUUUCAACUUUUAAGUAUAGUGGCAGGAUCUUAUAUAAGAUCAAUCACACACAUUGUCAUAUGAAUGCAUCUUAUAUAUGUUAGCGGAUGUCGGUACUUCAUCUGUUGUGUAUUUGAAUUAGAAUUAUGUAUGUGCCAAAAUAUUUUUCAGUAAUCCGAGCUUGGAAAUUUAUUUCCUUA